CCCGACCGGCCGGCCUGGGUGCGCCACUGGCUCCCCAGCCCCGCCCCCGGCCCACGUGAAGCAGAGACGCCGCACUCCAAGGGAAGCCCCAGAACUCGGGCUUUGAGUUCUGCGCCGGCGCAGACGCGGGGAGCGAUUGGUGGCGGCCCGGGGGGCGGGGCCGACGUCACUUCCGGCCAGCAGCCCGCCCGCGCGAUGGUCGCCCUCCCGGAGGCUGCGGGGCGGCGGCCUGGGGUCGGGGUCGGCGUGGUGGUGACGAGCAGCAGGCACCCGCGCUGUGUCCUCCUGGGCAAGAGGAAAGGGUCCUUCGGAGCCGGCAGUUUUCAACUUCCGGGGGGCCACUUGGAGUUCGGGGAAACGUGGGAAGAAUGUGCUCAAAGGGAGACUUGGGAAGAAGCAGCUCUUCACCUGAAAAAUGUUCGCUUUGCCUCAGUUGUGAAUUCCUUCUUCAAGAAAGAAAAUUACCAUUAUGUGACCAUACUAAUGAAAGGAGAGGUGGAUCUGACUCACGACCCAGAGCCAAAGAACACAGAGCCUGAAAAAAAUGAAAGUUGGGAGUGGGUUCCCUGGGAAGAAUUUCCUACCCUGGACCAGCUUUUCUGGGUACUGCGAUGUUUAAAGGAACAAGGCUACAAUCCAUUUAAAGAGGACUUGGAUCAUCUGGUGGGGUACAAAGGCCAUCAUCAUCUCUAGGCAAGAAGAUAACGUGAUUUAUUUUGAAAAGACAAAAUGAGGUCCUGUUAGAGAAUGAAAAAUAACCCACAUUUCAGAACAACUGCAUUCUAUCUAAAAGUUUCCAUAUGAUUGUCAAUUUAUUUGCUGUCUCUUCAUAUACCCACCACCCUCUCAGCCAGGACUUGUGAAACAUUUUCUGGCAUUAGGUCAGUUAGGUCAUGUGAGACUGAGACUCAGAAAGUGUGAUAAAUGGUGAUAUUGUGGCAA